AUGGCACACUUGAUUAUUCAUGCAAAUGAUAAACCUUAUGUAUGUGAUAUCUGUAUUAAAGCAUUCGCACGCAAAUCUGGUUUAAAGGAACAUUUACGUAUUCAUACAAAAGAACAACCUUAUGUCUGUGAUAUCUGUAUUAAAGCUUUCGCACGUAAAUCUGGUUUAAAGGAACAUUUACACAUUCAUACAAAAGAACAACCUUAUGUCUGUGAUGUCUGCAAUAAAGCAUUCGCUCUUGCGUGUAGUUUAAAAGUACAUUUACGCAAUCAUAAAGAAGAAAAACCCUAUGUCUGUGAAGUCUGUGGCAAUAACUUCUCUCAAAUAAGUAAUUUAAAAACUCACUUACGUACGCAUACAAAGGACAAACCUUAUGUCUGUGAAAUCUGUGGCAGUAAAUUCUCUCAUAUAAGUAAUUUAAAAAUACACUUACGUACGCAUACAAAAGAAAAGCCAUAUGUCUGUGAAGUAUGCGGCAAAGCAUUCACCGAUAGAAGCACAUUAGUCAAACAUUUACGUAUUCAUACUAGGGAAAAACCCUAUGCCUGUGAAGUCUGUGACAAUACAUUCUCUCAAAUAAUUUCUAAAUUUCCAUUAGAAACUCCACGAGAUGACCAUUGCAGAAGUCAGUUUUUCUCGGAUGCGGUAAUCCUCAUGGAUGAUAACGUUAUACCAUAUCAGGCUGGCUUCUUGAAAUUAAUGCUGUGUGAAAGCAAAACUCCUCAGGAUGAUACUCUACAAGUCAGUCGUCAGUCCUCGGAUGCGUGUAAUCCUCAUAGAUGA